CUCAUUGAUCCAUUCGCCGUAGGAAAAUUCCAGUCCCUUCAGUUUUGUCUCUGGGAGAGAUAGACUUCUCUCCAUAUUUAUCUGAUUGUCAAUAAUUUUGGUCAACGAUUUCGGUGACAAAACCCUAACCUUUCAACUUCAUCCUCUUGCGGCGAUUUCCGUACAGAUAUGGUUGAUGUAGCCGACAAAUUGACGUAUUUCCAAGCAAUCACGGGCCUCGAAGAUCCCGAUUUGUGCACUGAGAUCCUCGCCGCCCAUGGCUGGGACCUCGAGCUCGCGAUCUCCUCCUUCACUGGCACGAACGUCGCACCCCCGGAUAAUUCCACUAGAGAAACCACAACCGCCUCCGUAGAUGGGGGCGGCAGUGGCACGCGGUCUUCCGAUUUAGAGCCGCACGGAAGAGUCUCAGAACGAUCGGAACCGUCCGCGAAUGGGGUCUCCGGUCCCGGUUUGGCGUGGAAGCUUGUUACGUUGCCGAUUUCUGUAAUUUCCGGCAGUCUAGGCUUGAUUUCCGGCGCGAUUGGGCUCGGAUUUUGGGCCGCGGGUGGUGUGCUCUCGUACUCGAUGGGAAUGAUCGGUCUGGGUUCGGGUUCGGUCCGGGCAGGGGAGGCUUCGGCCCGGUUGGUUCCAAUGUCGGCCGCGGCUUCGGAGGCUAUGAACUUCGUGCUGGCGUUCGAGAGGGAUUACGGGUCCAGGAGGCCGAAUUUCGUGAGCGAGGGGUUCAUGGACGCGCUGCAGAGGUCGAGGAAUGAGUUCAAGCUCAUGUUCGUGUACUUGCACUCACCGGAUCAUCCGGACACGCCUUUGUUCUGCGAGCGGACUCUGUGCUCGGAGUUUCUGGCGGACUUCGUAAACGAGAACUUCGUGCCGUGGGGAGGGAGUAUUAGGGCUAGCGAAGGGUUCAAGAUGUGUAACAGUUUAAAGGCUUCGCGGUUUCCAUUCUGUGCCGUGGUUAUGGCGGCUACGAAUCAGAGGAUUGCGCUGCUCCAGCAGGUUGAGGGACCAAAAUCACCUGAAGAAAUGCUCGUGAUAUUACAGAAAGUGCUUGAAGAAAGUGCCCCUGUUCUUGUUGCAGCAAGGCUUGAUGCAGAAGAAAGAAGAAACAACACGAGAUUAAGGGAGGAGCAAGAUGCUGCUUACAGAGCAGCACUCGAAGCUGAUCAAGCUAGGGAGCGCCAGAGGAGAGAAGAGCAAGAACGUCUUGAAAGAGAAGCUGCUGAAGCUGAGAGGAAGCGUAAGGAGGAAGAAGAGGCUCGUGAAAGAGCAGCACGUGAAGCUGCAGAGAAAGAAGCUGCAUUAGUGAAAAUGCGGCAGGAGAAAGCCUUCUCGCUUGGUGCUGAACCUGAAAAGGGACCUAAUGUUACACAGGUUUUAGUACGGUUUCCUACUGGAGAACGCAAGGAGAGGAGGUUUCAUAGUGAUGCAACAAUUCAAUCUCUAUAUGACUAUGUUGAUUCCUUGGGCUGUUUAGAAGUUGAUAAUUAUAGUCUCGUCUCUAACUUUCCCCGGGUUAUUUACGGACCAGAGAAACUGUCUUUGACAUUGAAAGAAGCAGGAUUGCAUCCUCAGGCCGGCCUUUUUGUGGAGCUGAACUCAUAGAUGAACUCUACUUCUUCAGAAGUAAUAUAUUUAUUAGUACUCCGAGAUGGGGCCUGCAAGUGCAAGUAGAAAUGAUUGUUGUAAUUUUCUUUCCUAUUUCAACUUGAUUAGCAACGCUGCAAUCAGAUAGAUAGGUUGCCUGCCAUGUCUCGACGUGGAUAUUUGUUUUUCCUCGAUGCUGAAUCUCUAAUGCAGAUGGCCCUAAGUGGAAAAUGCAUUUGAAAUAUUAAGACGUUGAUUUUGCACAUAUGACAAUCAAAUUGAAAAUUCAAAUGAGCUUAGAGAUGA